AUGGCGCCGUCGUCACAUAACCCGCCUCUCGCAGUACAGUCGCCACCGUCUGCGGCCUUUUCACCGGCGCCGCUCGCCUCGGCCUACAGCGGCAGAAGCAGCAGCAUAGGCGGCAGCGGCAGCAACGGCAGCACGCCGAUUUCGCCCGCCUCGCCCAUGUCGUCGCACGACUCUCCCAAGCCCAGCACAGCAACCUCCACGUCGUCCUCAUCUAGUACGUCUGUGGCCCCCAAGCCACAGCUGGCCAUCAAGCCCGUGGCUCCGACACCAGCCGCUGCCGUGCGGCCACUACAGAUGCAGAUUGCCGCCAACGCGCCCACUGGCAAUGCUAUUCCCACAGCUUCCGCUGCAUCUCCGGCACCCCAGUCGCCAGCCCCAGUACAGAGUCCGGCAGCGAUCGCCGGCAAGCCACCCAUAUCCAUCACCAGCAAGCAGUGGGUGAUCCCGCCGCGUCCCAAGCCGGGCCGCAAGCCGGCCACAGACACGCCGCCGACGAAGCGGAAAGCCCAGAACCGCGCCGCACAGCGUGCCUUCCGUGAGCGGAGAGCAGCUCGUGUGGGUGAGCUCGAGGACCUCUUGGAGGAGCAGAAGAACGAACACGACCGUGCCGAACUAGAAAGCCAAAACAAGAUCCGGACACUCGAAUCCGAGAUCCAGGUCCUCCGCAGCCGGUGCCAGAUACUGGAGAACCUGCUCGAGAAGGAAAAGGCCACCAACCAAGCGUGGGCCAACAAAGAGCGCCAGGCAUCACAUUCGUCGGCGCGGAGCAGCAGCAUGCAACGAGCCAACUCCAUCCAGCCACAAAAGACACAACACCACCCACAGCAGCUGCAGCAGCAGCAACAACACCAGCAAUCCGUAAACCACAUCCACUCGCCCGCACCGCACAAACCGCUCCACCACGAUCAGCAGCGUGGCAGCACAUGCAGCUCCAUCUCAUCCGUUUCCGGUCGCCGUGUCUCCGCCCAACCCUUUUCCAUCUCUCAAAUCAUCUCGCCACCUGACGACGAGCAGCUGACCUGCGGCAACUGCAACGUGAACGGCUCGUGCGCUUGUGCCGACGAAGUUAUGGCUGCCACUGUCUCGAUGGACUGUGGCAAGUGCACGCUUGGCACCAAGUGUGCCUGCCUCGAGGAGAGCAUCAACGCAUUGACGGGGGUUGGCUUCAGCAAUAUCUCGUCGGAGCUCAAAAGGUCCCACUCGAGCUCUUCGCCGACACCAAUGGCACCCGAAGAAAAGCGUGCGCGCCACUUCAGCGACGUCGACACGAAUACCGAGACCGACUUUACCCACAUGUUCCCCCGUUCCAAGGCCGCCGGCGCCGAUGCCCCCGUCCGCACGCCUCUGCCGUCUAUGCAGCCCCGCCACCUACCGCAGCCGCAGCUGCAUCAACAGCAGCAACAGCAGCAACAACAGAACCCGCAAGCCGCACCGCGCUUUGAGAUUCCUCUCAAAGAGCGCUGUGGCUUCUGCUCGGACGGCACAUACUGUGUUUGCGCUGACAGCAUGCCGGGCGUCACGAUGACGGGCAGCCUCGCCAUCUCGGCCGGCACGGUCGUGGCCCAGCAGAAGACCCCACCCCCAUCAGAGAACGACAUGCCGCCCAUGUCCAUGCCGCUGGAAGUGACGCCUACGGGCGCCAUCAAGCUGUCGAGCAUGGCCGCUUUCAGACGGCAGCAGCAGCAGCAACUACAACAAAAGCAGCAGGAGAGCAAGCUUGUGCCUCCCACGCUAGCUGCGUCGUCCUCUGACACGACUCGUUCCAAGUGUGGACCUGCCGGCCCUGGUACGUGCGCCCAGUGCUUGUCUGACCCGGUCUCGGGCCUCUUCUGUCGGUCUCUGGCCGCCAACUUUGAGCGCCAGGGUGCCAGUGCCGGUGCUGGAGAUGGAUGCUGUGGCAGCGGUGGCGGCGGCGGCGGCAGUGGCUGCUGCAAGGACAAAAAGGGCGCACCAGCGGCCCCCGGCGGCGCGUCCUCCUCCACAUCCACGUCCACCGUCGUGGGACCCAGCGGCAACGCAUUGGCCGCUGACGCGGUCAAGACGAGCAUUAGCCUGUCGUGUGCCGACGCCUACAAGACGCUGUCAAGCCACCGACACUUUGACGAAGCCACGGACGAGAUCAGCACGUGGCUGCCCAAGCUGCGGGCCGCGCCACGGCACGACACCAACGCGCCCGCCCAGCGGCACCCCAUGGAGGUCGAGGCCGCCAGCAUCAUGAGCGUGCUCAAGGGCUUUGACGUGCGGUUCGGCAAGGAGCCUUGA